UUUAGCGCGCGCGCUCGAGUUGUGAAGGGAGCGUGGAUUAGAGGAGAACUGAAUGAGGUGCAGCUUCCAGACGCUCCUCUCCGACUGGAGUCGCAGCACAGCGUACUGAUGGUGUGUGUGUGUCUGUAGGUCAGUCAUGCAGUCCUGCAGUUCUGCUCUCUGUGUCCUGAUCUUACUGAUCUCUACAGUCACUACUGCUGUUCCUCCAGUGAGGGUGAAGCUUCAUGACUCUGCUACUCUGCCCUGCUCUGAGAGAUGCUUUGGUUUGGUCAGAUGGUCUGUAUCUCAUAAAUCCACUGAUGUUCUGGCUGAGUGUGAUCAGACUUCAUGUAGAUCAGUGAAGGAGGGAUAUCAGAUGAUCCAUGAUCAGUACCUGAAGGGGAAUCUCUCUCUCAUCAUCACUGAAGCUGAUCUCACUAAGAGAGGCUGGUACACGUGUCAGUGUGAUAAGAAAGAGCUCUGUGAUGUGAAUCUUCGGAUUGAGCCCUUUAACACUACGGUUCAGAUAGAGCCUGGUGAAUCUCUGGUCCUGGAUUUGGACGUAUCAGAUCCAGUGAAGGUGAUUUAUAACAGCACAGAUGCAGCUAAUCGAUCCAGCGGUCAGAUCUGUACAGUGGAUAGAGAUUCACUACAGUGUAAACCUGAAUACACACAGAGAGUGUCAGUAAUCUCUGCUCUGGAGCUGAGAGCAGUGACUCUAUCUGAUAACGGGGUUUAUACUAUACUGACCAUCAGGGAAGAAGAAGUUAUCCACACCUACUCAGUGACCGUCCAAGGUGACCACUCAGAUCUGGACACAGAUAAAGGAGCUGCUGUACCGGUGUGGGUGAUUGUACUGAGUGUGAUGGGAGCUGCUGUGAUUGUGGGGUUAGUGGUGGUGAUUCUGCUGCUGAGGAGAGAAAAUCUGCUUCUACGAAUGGAAGGUGCAAAGAACCGAGCUCAGAUGAACCAUCACUCUGACCACAGUCCAGGUGAAGAGAGACUGUCACCCCACGAUAAUGAAUGACCAGGACCUCUGAGAGAGAUUACGCUCAGGAUCUGGACAGCGUUGCUGUAAAAAGCACUAUAAGACUGACUUGACUUGACCAAUCAGAGCUGAGCUUCUGACUAAUCAGGGACUGAUGGAGUCCAGUCACGCUUUUCUUAGUGACGUUUGUGGCAUGAAUCACAUGAAGAUCAGUUCUUAUGGUUCUUAGUAAGAGAAAAUGAAUUAUACUACAGAUAUCAGGGCUGUGAACUACUUAUUACUCCAAUAAGCACUGAGAUGUUAUUAAUGUAAUGAUUCAUUUUCUGUGUUUAAACAGACUCUAAUGAUUUCACAUGAUUGGCUGUUCAUCAUAGACAUCACACUUUCAUGUUCAGAGCACUAAACACAGCCUGAGUAUCUGAAUGAACAGCUUAGCAGAGAAAGUUGUUAAACGAGUUUAAUACUGUUCCCUCUGUUCGGCUUUGUGGAACUCAGUCAGGUGAACAGGGUUGAUGUUCUGCUUAAACUGUACACCAAGCAGCCGCUUCAUUAGGUCCACCUCCUUGUUUCUACACUCACUGUCCAUCUUAUCAGCUCCACUGACCGUAUAGUUUCACUCUGUAGCUCUACAGUUACAGACUGUGGUCCAUCAUACUUUGUUACCCAGUUCUUCAGUGGUCAGGACCCCUACAGGACCCUCACAGAGCAGGUAUUAUUUGGGUGGUGGAUCACUUUAAAACACCUCAGUGUCACUGCUGGACUGAGAAUAGUUCACCAACCAAAACAUCCAGCCAACAGCGUCAGUGUAUUUCAUUGCUGUUGGAACAAAACCUCAGAUCUCCAAAAUGGUAAUUUUACAGGAGGAGCAAAAAUAAAUCUCCAUUUUCAGUGUCAGUUAAUGGAAAAACAUUUUAUCACAAGGAAUUUUACACCAUUUCUGAUGGUGACAACAUUUUCACGCAGUGUGAAGGAAAGCUGGUCAUUUCAAAUUAUAUUAAAAAAUUGAAAAACAACAAAUACCAGAUUUUGUUCUACAGGUUUUGUUUUGUUUUGUUUUGAUGUGUUGAAUUAUUGAACUCCUUUGAGUUCACACAGCCCUGAGUCUGAUUAGAUUUGGACCUUAUCUGCUUUGUUUACAGUGGACUGAUGGUCAGCAGAGACAGUAGAAGGACAGUUAAACUCUUCAUAGAUUCAGAUGAAUCAGUCUGUAAGUGAAGUGGUUGAUCAGAUGGAUCAGAUUCAGCACUGAAGCUUUCUGAUCACAGGCGACUACAGGCAGCUACUGAGUCUUCACCGCCUUCAGUUUUCAGUCUCAGAGAAGUGAAGAAAGUGUUUCUAAUCUCUAUUAAAGAGUUAAAGUUCUGAUGUUCCUCUAGAUCAGUGUGUGUUAAUCAGCUCUGUACAGGUUCACUGUUCCUCAGGUCAGAUCAUCUACUGACUGUGGAGCUCUUCAUCAGCUGGAUCAGGUGUGUUUGGUCAGAGAACAGAGAGACUGCAGAGCUGCGGUUCUCCAGCAGCACAUUCAGAAACACUAAUCUAGAACAUUGUUUCCAGCACUGCUCCUGUACUACAGCUGUUCUUCUCCUCUGUAGAACAUCUAAUCAAACCCAUCAGCUCCUCAACAGAAGCAGCAGUGCUGCAGUCACACCAUCACAGCAGCAGUGUGGUUGUGUGUCUAAAUGUUUUUGUACAGAAGUCAUUGAUACUUUUUACAAGGAUUUGAUAAAAUUGAUUUUUAUAUGGAUUUUAAACUUUGUGGAUUUGAUCAUUUUGCAGUUUCGUGACUUGUUUUGACUGAAUCCAGUGAGAAAUUGACUGUUUUGCAAAAAAAUCCAUUUUUGUUAUUUUUACAUUUUUUCAUAAUUUGAAAAUUCCAGUUCCAUUUUACAUUGUGUUAUAAUUUCAUGAUGAAUGUAAAUAAUCCAAAAUUAACUUCCAUUCAAAGUUAAAAAGCUUUUUCUUUCUCUGGUAAAAUGACGUUUUUGGAGAUAAAAGUUUGGUCUAUUCAUCAUGAAAGUUUAGUGUGUUGUAAAGAGCAGCUGGUGUUUUCAAAUUCUGUAAAAAUGUACCCAAAGGCAAAAAUGGAGAUGGGAGAUUUUGCUGUGACAGCAGUGAAUAAAGUGGUUUGGGAUACUUAAAAGUAAAGUGUGCUUGUUUUUAUUUGUAUUAUAUAUUUUUAUUGCAUGACUGUAUAAAAUUAAAAUGAAGCAGGUUUGGGCUUUAUUACAUCCUACAGUUCAAUGUGUUGGUGAUGUUCUAGCAUCAGUGCUAAUGAUCACUGUACU